CUGGCCUCAAGCCAUUCUCCUGCCUCGCCUUCCCAAAGUGCUGGAAUUCUAGGCAGGAGCCACUGCGCCCGGCCAGUGCUGGAGAAUGUAAUGGAGAUGAUCCUGCCUAUCCUUGAGUUCCAGUCUAGUUUACUGUCAGAGAAUACUUAUUUCAAUUUUUCCUAUUUUGUUCUCGAGUCUCUUUCCUCAGAUUUACUUUUCUAUUUAAAUGACGUUCGCGGCUUUUAAAUUUGCAUUGUAAAAUUUAUUUUGGCUCUCCCCGCCUGUUUUUUGCACAUUAAAAAUGAAAACUUUUGUAGAACUAAGCUAAGCAGAUGGUCUUCCUGCAAAAAGAUUGGGCUGAACUAAAGCAUUGCUUUGGAGCUGGUUCACAGAAAAAAGGCAGAACUGGUUAUCCCGACUUCAAGCUCCAAAAUAAACUGCUUUCUUUCUCCGGGAAGUUUCCCCCGCCACACACACUUGACUGCGUGGCCAGUCCUUUCGAUGCCUCUCGCUCCCAACACGGAGUUCCUCCCAUUUCUUCACAGUCAGCUCUCAGCUGCUGCUGCUAGUUUCUCGGCUCCAGCACCACGGGUACAGCACUCUGAAGUUCACAAAGCACUCUGCAGCACUGACUGUGAUCCUCACAGUCCUGUCCGGUGGCCUCCCGCAGGUGGUAGUGCAGCUUUUCAGGCCCAGAGUGGCCAGGAGCUAAGCCCGCACACCCGCCUGGAAGCGCAGCGCGGACGGUCGCGCGACCCCGCGGCAUGGAGGCCUGGGCUUCACCCAGAGGCGCUCGAGCACCGCCCAGCCGAGCCUCACGCCGGAUGCCACUUCAUAUUUGGGCCCAGAGCUCAAUUCGCACCGAUGCGGUCCGCCGUCCUUAAACCUAUUCAGCCAGAAUCUCUCCCCGACUGUAAAGCAACUCUGGGCGGGAGCGGCAACCUCUCGGCGUCAGUCUUUCGAAGCCGCCGACAUUCAGAGAGGCAAGACCCGGGAACGCGCCCUGUCUUGCUUUACGGCACGGGUGCGCGAGUUUGCGGCAGCGUGACGCCAGCAAGUUUUGGCGGGAAAAGCGCUGCAUUUGGAUUCCUGCAGUGGUGGGCAAAGGACAGUCCGCCGAGCUCCGGUGGAGUCAUGGCAGUGCCCUUUGUGGAAGACUGGGACUUGGUGCAAACCCUGGGAGAAGGUGCCUAUGGAGAAGUUCAACUUGCUGUGAAUAGAGUAACUGAAGAAGCAGUCGCAGUGAAGAUUGUAGAUAUGAAGCGUGCCGUAGACUGUCCAGAAAAUAUUAAGAAAGAGAUCUGUAUCAAUAAAAUGCUAAAUCAUGAAAAUGUAGUAAAAUUCUAUGGUCACAGGAGAGAAGGCAAUAUCCAAUAUUUAUUUCUGGAGUACUGUAGUGGAGGAGAGCUUUUUGACAGAAUAGAGCCAGACAUAGGCAUGCCUGAACAAGAUGCUCAGAGGUUCUUCCAUCAGCUCAUGGCAGGAGUGGUUUAUCUGCAUGGUAUUGGAAUAACUCACAGGGAUAUUAAACCAGAAAAUCUUCUGUUGGAUGAAAGGGAUAACCUCAAAAUCUCAGACUUUGGCUUGGCAACAGUAUUUCGGUAUAAUAAUCGUGAGCGUUUGUUGAACAAGAUGUGUGGUACUUUACCAUAUGUUGCUCCAGAACUUCUGAAGAGAAGAGAAUUUCAUGCAGAACCGGUUGAUGUUUGGUCUUGUGGAAUAGUACUUACUGCAAUGCUCGCUGGAGAAUUGCCAUGGGACCAACCCAGUGACAGCUGUCAGGAAUAUUCUGACUGGAAAGAAAAAAAAACAUACCUCAACCCUUGGAAAAAAAUCGAUUCUGCUCCUCUAGCUCUGCUGCAUAAAAUCCUAGUUGAGAAUCCAUCAGCAAGAAUUACCAUUCCAGACAUCAAAAAAGAUAGAUGGUACAACAAACCCCUCAAGAAAGGGGCAAAAAGGCCCCGAGUCACUUCAGGUGGUGUGUCAGAGUCUCCCAGUGGAUUCUCUAAGCACAUUCAAUCCAAUUUGGACUUCUCUCCAGUAAACAGUGCUUCUAGUGAAGAAAAUGUGAAGUACUCCAGUUCUCAGCCAGAACCACGCACAGGUCUUUCCUUAUGGGAUACCAGUCCCUCAUACAUUGAUAAAUUGGUACAAGGGAUCAGCUUUUCCCAGCCCACAUGUCCUGAUCAUAUGCUUCUGAAUAGUCAGUUACUUGGAACCCCAGGAUCCUCACAGAACCCCUGGCAGCGGUUGGUCAAAAGAAUGACACGAUUCUUUACCAAAUUGGAUGCAGACAAAUCUUAUCAAUGCCUGAAAGAGACUUGUGAGAAGUUGGGCUAUCAAUGGAAGAAGAGUUGUAUGAAUCAGGUUACUGUAUCAACAACUGAUAGGAGAAAUAAUAAACUCAUUUUCAAAGUGAAUUUGUUAGAAAUGGAUGAUAAAAUAUUGGUUGACUUCCGGCUUUCUAAGGGUGAUGGAUUGGAGUUCAAGAGACACUUCCUGAAGAUUAAAGGAAAGCUGAUUGAUAUUGUGAGCAGCCAGAAGGUUUGGCUUCCUGCCACAUGAUGGGACCAUUGGCUCUGGGGAAUCCUGAUCACAACAGCUCUGGGAUGGAGUGGGUUGGACAGUAAGAGAUCUCCUUAUCCACCCAGAGCAGAGCCACCAGCACCAGCAUCGUGUUUAUCACCCUCAGGAAAUGAGGUCUUCCCAGCAGGAGACCAGCUCCAUGGCCCAGCUUUAGCCUCACCCAACACUGGUAGGUGACGGGACCACGCAUGGGCAGAGCAGCUCAAUUCUCAGUGCUGUGAUAGACAGGAACGCUCCGGCACUGCUCCCUGCUCCUGGGGGUGAACAGGGCUGCCUGGAAAUUCCCUCUAUCAGCUGGGCUCCUGGGAGUGUUCCCCAGCGCAGGGCCUGUACGUGUGGGAUGGUCAUGGAGCAUAGGGUGAUGCCAAAAGGGAUAGAGGGAGGGACACUGUGGAGGGAUCUGGCUGCUUGGCCUUGAAACCGUACACUGAUGUCACCUGAGAAACUGACACAAAGACUUGGAGUCUGGAUUUUUCCAGUGCUUUCUGCCCUAGAUUCAUAUCCUUCCCUGCUGUCUACAUCACUCAUCCAUGUGCUGAACCCACCUCCCACUAUCCUGGCUUCUGAGCAGUGCAGACAAGAGGACACAGGGAAACACGGUAGAGUGGUUAGUGGUGGUGUGCGUGGUGGAGGUCCAGGCAGUGGUAGGGGGAGUGAAAGUGGUGGAUUGUGCUCAUGGAGUGGGUGGAACAAGCCAGACAGAUGUCAUAACCUGCAUGCAGGUGAUUUAUACUGAUGGUUCCAGAAUCAGCAGCUCUUCCAUCCAAAUAUACUGUGUGCAUAACUGAGGAGGAGGAUGACACCAAGUCCCCAUGAGAACAUAUCGUAAGGGAUGCACAGCCAGGGCAGCAAUUUGGGAGUGGAUGGAAGGCCAGUGGUGAGGGCAGCCCAUUCAUUCCCUUGCGAAGUAGCAUCCCCCACCCCUUUUUUGUGGCUGCUAUGAUUUGUCCUUGGGCUGGAGUGAGAGAAGGGAAUCUGUGGUGGGAGAUGGCAGCUCUGGGGCCUGACUUGCCUUUGGGCAAAGACAGCGAUGCUCCUUGUGUAACAUUGGGGUGGGGGACAAAUGUCUCUGGGGAAGGAGGCAUUUGUCACGCGCGCACGUGUGUGCGUGUGUGUGUGUGUGUGUGUGUGUGUGUGUUGGGGUGAAGUUAGGACUGCGGACUGGGCCUAACUGCACAGGCAGAGAGAACAGGUGUCACUGCAUGUCAGCUGUGGUGCCUCCCAGUUCCAACAUUAAAUCCAACUUUCCUUAAGUGGAAUUCAUAUUGUCAGCAAUGAAAUGGAAGAAACAUAUGCAAAUAAUGGAGCCAAGACUUAUAUUACUAUACUGUGUUAGAUAUUGUGCUAAGAACCUAAUUUUCAGUGUAGAUAUUUGUUUAUUUUUUCCUUACAUCCAUUCUAGGACUUAAGAACUGUUAUUAUCUUCUUUCCUUGAUAAGGUAACCUGGCAGGGCCUCAAAAUUUUAAAAAGCUGGCACCAGUCUUCAAAUCCAGACAUGUCAGAUUCUGGAGUUUGUGUUCUGGCCAGGGCACUCCUCUUGUGAGUCUCACUGUAGACACAUCACCGGAAGAUACGGUGGGGGUUGGCGUGGGCCUGGAAGCUUGUGGUGGGUCUGGACAUUCCCUGUCUGGUGUGGUCAGAGGAGGGGGUUCCUGCAGUGGGAGAGAGAUUGUGCCUGGCGACCUCUGAGUAGGUUGGUCCUGUGAUAAACCCUGGGGACUGAGACACUUUGGGGUGGUAAAGGGGCUUAAUCAUGAAGCAUGGACAGAGGCAAGAAUUAGGAUGAACAGCUAAGUCUCUGCCAACUUGGUGAAUCUGGGACGCAGCCCCACAUGAUUCUCAGGGUAAAUUUAAUAUAUAAGUGGAACUAAUUUUGGUCUUUGAACAUCUCCAUGUAUGUUCUUAUGCAAUAGCUGUCAUAAACGUUUCCUAGUGGAACCAACUCCCAGAAAUGCAUAAACCCAGGAUUUUAUUUUACAACGAACAGCCAGGACAGAGCAGAUAUACCAGGUUAAAUUGUUCCAUUGGAAAGGAACCACCACUAUGUUUUCCAGAAGAAACACCAUUAGGAUGUUCAAUAAGCAUAAAUUUCCACUGGAAAAUUUGACCAGAUCCUUAUUUUCUUUUUCUCAACCUCUCUUCCUGUAUUCUCCAGCUGAUAAUAUUUUUUUUUCCAAAAUCACAUUUUGUGUUAUAUUUGUUAAUAACACAUUCUUUAAGUCUGCAAAAAUCACAGAGAGGUGUUAGUAAGUUGAUGCGUCCAAGAAAUUUAUUCUUUGGAAUCUGCAAUAAUUUGUUUGUAUCCCAUCUCCAUUGUUUUCUACACCAUCCACAGCUCCUUUUCUGGCACAAUUAUGACGGGGUGACGUACGACUGGGAAUCAUGAGCGCCCCUGGCAUUCCUCAGCCACUGUGUGCGAGGCGUGCUGAGCAUCCUGGUAAUAGGGGAACACAGCAAAGUGAGUCAAUUUGGGGUCUGGGUACAACAUGGAACCACUUGUUCAUGCACCCCACUCCUCCAGUGCUGCAGUGCAAGCCUGUCUUCCCUGGAUGGGGAAGGGGAGCGCUCAUGCAUCCCAGCUGUGCACCCAAGGUGUAGACAGCAGGCAGGCUCUCUGUCUCUGGGUGCGUGGGGGUUCUUGGCCCUUCCUCUCCAGCACUGCUUUCUGCUCCAGCAGACCAUCCUGCAUUAAUUCACAGGUGGUAUCAUCCUUUACCUACCAGUACAUAUCCUCUGAGUGCCUGCUCUGCCCACUCAGCACAUGCUGUGCAGAGCGUUCUGGUUCACUGAAGAUCUGACUGUUAAGGUCAACCCAUGAAGGGUUGUCUAAUGGAGCAGAGAGCCUGCCACUCCCACCUGGAUUAUUUUCUCCAGCACCGAAGCUGAAUAACCCUGGUCUUGUUCCAUGCUCUUCCUCUCCUUGGCUAGAUCUCAGGAGUGCUGAGUAUCUAGAGGCUUGAUUGUUUUUAUCAAGCAUGAUGAAUCAGCUAAAGACACUUUAGAGAAUAUCAGUAGAAAAUUGUAAUUUAAAAAAAGUGAAAAGUAUUUUGUACUCUAAGUGUCUUACCUGUCACACCCUAGUCCAGGCCCUACAGGUAGUGUGUGUGGAAAUUCUGAGCCUUCCAGCCUAGUGCUAGAGCAGUAAGUGAGAGCCUCUAUCUACAUGAACCCAGCUUGCUUCCAAUACCUCUGUGUUUCAGCGACUGAAAAAUAAGGGUAUCAAAAGUAGCAGGAAUUGUUUCUGACUUUGCAAAAUAAUCUAUCACCUGUAAGGCCUCUGUUACUUUUGUUGUUUACAUAGCAUUUGCUGUGUACUUGAUGUGUUUAUGAUAGACUCAAGACAUAUCUUAAGUGAGAUAUUGAAUGGUAAUAGCAGAUGCAGAUCCUGCUAUAUAGAUAAUACUGAAUAAGUAUUUGCUAUUGUGACUACUCCCAGCAUUGCCAAAACCAGUUCAGUAAUGGGAGGGCUGUGGUCCUGACCAUAAGCUCAAACACAGAGAGGGUCAAAAGAAAAGUGACAGACCUGGACUUCACCUAUGAGGAACAGGAGGGGCUUCAGGGAUGUCCUUUAUUCUUGGCAGCUCCAAAGGGGCUGGCUCUGUGGAAAUCUUUCCAGAGCCUGGGCAGUGGUGAGACACCCACUGGCGAGUGUGUAAAAGGAAGCUUCUGCCCACAGCCUGGGAGCAGCUCAGUCCAGACUCUCCAGUCUGCUGUCAUCUGCGCACUGAAGCAACCUGUCUUAGCCUUUCCUGAGCACUUAGCUGCCUGGUUCCAGCCACCUGCUGUGUCUUUCUGGCCUCCUAGACUGAGAUGGACAAGUUCCUGCUCAUGCUCCUGCUGUUGGGGGUUUCUCCUCUUGUGUUCUUCCAAGGUGGGAGUGAGCUCUGGGCUGGCGGGGGCAGGAGGUGAGGACAGGGGCGAGGAGAGCUGGGGAGCAGGCUGAAGAUGAUGGUCUGGCCAGCAGGGGAGGAGGUCAACACCAAGAUUCUGGGAUGAGCUGACCAACAAGAACUGGAGGCGUCUCUCUGCUGUCCCCACCUCAACUCCUACCAGGGCAAGAGGUCAGGCCUCUUCCCGAGGUCUCACUCACUUGGGAAAGUCAAGGCUGGCCUGUGCUUCUGAACACGGGGCUUUGAGGCUGUCUGGCUGGGAUUAUGUGGCAGAGCCAAUGAUUGCUCAAGGCUUUCUAUAUAGAAGCAACCUAGGGACAGUGGUCUGGUAGGUAGAAGUCACUGGAGGGCUCAUCCUAAACCAAUGUUUCCAUAGCAAAUAUCCUGUACAAUCUUUCCAUGGCAAGUUUCACUUAGAUAUGUUUGGAUGUCAGAUACCUCUUUAGCAGGGUGUGGUGGGAAAUUUUGGGAGAAUGCCUCCCUUCCUUGAAGCCAGCACAGUCUUUAUGCCUCUUUCAUUUUCCAAGAGAUCAUCAACCUCAGAGAAGUUGUAUGUAGAAGCUCUGAUUGUGCUCUGCACAAUGGCACUACUGUAAAAUGGAUACCUUUUCUUUUCUUUUCUUUUUUUUUUUUUU